AUGAUUCUCCCUAAAAAUAUUGAAGCUAUUAUAAGAGAGGCGGCUGAGCCAUUACCUCCGAUAUCUGGCAAGACAAUAGACCAGAUAGAGUUAGAGUACAAAGACGGACCCGCUUUAGCUAAGAACAUACGAAAUAAUCCUAAUGAUUUUACAAGUAGGUUCCUAUUAGAGCAUGUCGAGUUUGUAAACCUAUCUCGGGGUAAGAUUCGUACUAUCCAUAACCUUGAAGGGGUUAUGGAAGAACCAAGAAGGUAUGGGCCGUUAAGAUCAAGUACGCACAAAGAGCUUUACCAAAGUGACGACGAAAUGCAUACAGCGGAAGAAGGUUAUACGAAUACAGAGACGGAUGACACGUUGGUUACAGCAAACACUGCCGAUCCUAGGGAAGAAGCUACCGGUGUGCAGCGCGAAGAUUUCUUAAAGAGGUUAUUAGGUCGUAGAGAGGGAGGAAUGCUCGCCUAUGCGCUUAGCCGCGGAUAUCAUUUAAAGGGUAAUACAUCAGACAAAGCAAAAGAUGCCGCUAAAAAUGUGCCGCUUGUAAACGGGGAAUCAAAUAAUGAUAAUAAAUCUCUGUCUACAGCGGAAGUAUCUGCUGCUGAAUCCGAGGUUGGAUCAUUAACUUCCGCAAAUCUCACUGAGCAACAAUAUGCUUUGGUCUUAGAGGGUAUCUUGGAGAGCGCAGGUUAUAAACCAGACGAUGACAAUGAUACUAUAAAGGCAUGUCCUUCAAGUUCAGAUGGUAGGGCUGAAGACAAAAAAGCUGGCGUGCGUAGGUCCUCUUCCACUGCAUCAACAAAGAAUCAACAUUCACUGCUAACCGCAUCGCGGAAGAAUUCCAAAUCUAAAAAGGGCGAAGGAGUGGCAUUAAAUAGGAAACAAUCCUUAAGGUCGGCACAACUUUCUACUGAAGAAGAGCGCGACUCAUUGAAUACAGCUCUCACAUCACAAUUUAAAAGCCCAACAGCUACAACAGGUUAUUCAGAUUAUGAAUCAUUUGCUUCAAUGCGAGGAACCCUUGCUACGGAUUCCCUAGGUGCAGAAACACUCUCUGCUUUUGAAUCUUUAAACUAUGAAAGUUGUCGUGAAGCAGGGACCACUUUAUUACUAAACUUUGAAAAAAAGUCGCAAGCAGCGAAUUCUGCUUCUACCAUGAAUCCCAGCCAAUCAGGGUCAAAAACCAAUAGUACAUACUUGGGUCUUUCAGCCAAAGUAUCAGCACCCUUGAGCCGUGGAGCAAGUUUUAAGUCUACAGCAAAGUGCGAAUCAAGACUCGCGAGCGCUUCUGAGGACGCAGAUACUGGAUUCAAUACAGCAUCCUCCUUUCAGAACAACGCUAAAUCCACCGCUUCGCGUAGAAAUAAUGGUACAAUUAAAAACGGUAAUGAUUCUGGUUCAACAGAUUAUGAAUCGUUCAAUUCGGUAAACGAGGCAGAUCUUGCUUCAGACGAUGUAGAGGGACUUUCAGAGAACACAGUACUUAAAUCUGAAAAUGGAACACAUAAAUGCUCUAAGAAGGGCUCUUCAACUGCGUCCUCAGGUAAAUCAUCCUACAAGUCAUCACAAAGUUCCUAUAUGCAUUCUGAAAAAGGAUCAAUUAAAUCAGCUUAUAGGGGAGAGGUUAGAAAAGGGCUCGCAUCGGUAGCUAUAUCAGAACAUGGGUCAUUUCGCCUUAACAAAGAGGCCGGUGAUAUUAGAAAUGUAUCUUCAGCUCAAGAAAUAGAGGACGACUCAGAUCAUUCUGUUAAUCUUAUAGAAAUUGGUUCUUGUUUUUCUGAAGAAGCAUCGAAGUCUUUAGAUAGUGGUGCAAAGUCCAAUGAUUCUUUCAACGAAGACCAAUACAGAUCCAAUGUGGCCGUUGAAGUCCAAUCAGCAUCAUACUCUAUACAGUCAGUAAAUUCUUCAGCUGUCGAUAUAGCUGCCGGCUCUUUGAGAUCCACACAUCUUUCAAAAGCCAAUACUGCAAAAGCAAAUAAUUCAAAUGGUUCGAAUAACUGUGGAAACUCACAGUCUCCUAGCACUAUUAUUAGUGUAACUUCAGAUAGCACUGGCCAAAAUUCUGAAUGGGGUUCUGAUGGCACUCAAAACUCUUCAGUACCAAACAAUUUCUUGGAAUCUGUUAGAUCUAUACAUGCAUCUGCCGUGAAUACACCAAAAGUUGGCGUGAGUCGCAAACAACGCGGGUCCCCAGAAAAGCAACCUUCGAAGACUUUUCAGGAUUCUCAAGUUACUAAAAACUCAUCAGCGGUUACGUCUAUCGUGGGCUCUGUCAGAUCUAUACAUGUGUCUGCCGUCAAUAAACCAAAAGCUGCGGCUAGCCGCAAACAACCUGGAUCUUCAGAUGCACGUUCCUCAAUAUCACAGAUAUCAGAAAUCUCACAAAUAUUUCAGGCUAAUAAACCAGAUACUAUUACAGUAGAUUCAGAUGUUAUUUCAACUUUCGAUUUUGAAGUAGGGCUUACUGGAUCGCCAGCAGUUUCGUCCUUGUAUUCACAGUCUACCAAUUUGUCGAUAAGACCACCCUCAAAAUCAAGAAGUUCAAUGGCUUCUUCCUCCUUAAAAGGUAGCUCUGAGACAGCUUCUACGCUUUCCCUUAACACAUCCUCUAUCAAUACUAAAAGUAACUCUACCUUAUCCGGACAAUCAGGUACAUCAAAAAGGUCAUCUAUUGUUACGAAAAGUUCCCUUACCUCUAAAUCAAGCCAAAGUUCUUUACCAGCUGUAACAAUUUCAGAGUUGGAUACUGAUACGGUUUCCAUGGAUUCAGUGGCUAUCUCUUCAACUAAUGAAUAUAAUCAGACUGCAUCAGACAAAACUAUAUCAGCAGAAACAUUUAGCUUGAUAUCUAAGAACUCGGUUGGCUCAGUUGGACUUGCGUCAAAUGACCUUGAGGCACAGUCCACUAUAUUACAGUCGUCAUCAACAAGGAAUCCUAAGAUUCUGGGGGGUUCUAUAGAUUCGAAAUCUGUUGAUAUGCACUCUACUCACGUUACUAAUGAAAUUUAUGAGCAUUACAGUAAGCCUUCAGGUUUAAUUUCAGGCAAAAGCUCUAAGCAUACUUCCAUUAAGAGUGGAAUUAGCUUGAUGACUACUUCAAGGCUAUCAAAGAAUGCUAAACCCAUAACUAAGAUGUCUGCUUUACCUGGUUCUAUGGGUCCUCUUUCAUGGUCUGAUAAUUCAUCAGUAAUUGAGUCCGAAACAGAGUAUUCUGCUUCACUGUCUUCUUCUGCAAUGACACCGAAGAUUCCAAUUAGACCCGGAAACUCUCACUCUUCAGGAACACCUUCAAUUCAAGCAAAAAAUAGUGUCGCUUCCAAAGCUGAUAGCUCUGCUCAAAUCAGCGAAUUUUCAGAGGUUAACUUAGAAAAAGAUUUAAUCGAUACGAAUAAGAGGGCUAACUCUGGUAACUGUGAUUCCUCUGCACAAAAUUCUGCAAAUACAACUAACUCGCUCCCUAAUAGUUCGAAGAAGAUACACUUUAAUUCUGAAACUGCGUCAGACAUUAACUCCGGGAAGGGUUCUAUAUAUUUGUCUGCAGUUGGAAGUGCUGCUACAAAUGAUAGAGAUACACAGAAUAGUUCUUCUGUUUUUGAUUCGGAAGCUGAUUUUGCUCCUUCGCCUUAUGUUUCCAGCUCAAAAUUACAGCGCCUAGGUUCGUUAGUUAAGUCGUCAAUGAGAGCAUAUUCAAGUUCGAACUCUGUUGCUAGAAAGGACAGCUUCUCUUCAUCCAUAAGUUAUACAGAUGAUAGCCAAACGCCUACUCUUAGAAGUGCAUCCAGAUUUGGAGACAGCUCUAUAAACUCUGGGCAAACAAAUGGUACGUUUAAUAAGCCGUCGAACUCAAGUUUUGGUACUUAUCAAGGCCCAGAUACCCUGGAAAAUAUAGAAUCUCAAAGACACGCAGAUCAAAUUUCAUCAAGAUUACAUGUGGGAGCUUUAAUGCCUGCGAUGGUUUCGAGUUUGUCGAGGCCAUCCUCAAAAUCAAAGAAUCAUGGUGCAUCUGGUUCCUCAAUGACCGAUUCAUCAAUACAGGAUUCGCCGGAAUUUGGUGGUGAAAAACAAUUAGCUAUUCAUUUAAAUCAUAACCCUACGAAAUUGGGAUCAUCCAGACCAUCAUCGAGAUCUAGGAACUCUGCUACAAUGCAUUCCGUCAAUACAAACUCCAUGUCUGGGGAGUCAUCUGCAUCCGAAUCUGUGCAAUUAUCUAUAGCUUCUUCCAAGACAACCUCUACAAAAUCUAUAUCAUCGACUCCUUCAAAAAUUAAAAGUUCUGUUGCUAAUCAUUCAGUCAAUAACGAAUCGAUUCCAGAGGAUUCACCUUUUUCGGAGUUCCAACAGGAGCCAGUAGCUUCUUCCAUCAGUGUUUCAACAAAAAUAGCAGGAUCCAGACCUUCAUCAUGCUCCAAAGUUACUGUUACUUCUAAUUCAGUAAUUGAACAUCCGAUUUCAGAUAUCUCUCAGGCGUAUGAGUUUGAGAAUGAGUCUAUGGCACCUUCGAAGCAUAAGUCUACGAGGUCUGUAUCAUCUAGACCUUCAUCAAAGUCUAGGGCAAGUAAAUCUUUGCUCUCUGUUCCUUCUGCAAACUCUCAAGAUUCUGUGGUGUCAAGUAUGUUGAAGACCCAAAAGGUGCCAGAGGAAUCCUUUGGCGAUGAGCACGACCGCAAACCUAUGAAUUCUUCUAGGCCUUCAUCACACUCGAGGACUAAUAAUCUUACUUCUAACUCCAUUAUUGAUCAUCCCAUAUCAGAGAUAUCUCCAACUUUUGAGUUUGAAGAUGAGUCUAAGGAACCUUCAAAGUAUAAAACCAAGAAGCCUAUAUCAUCUAGACCUUCUUCCAAGAAAAGAUCGAGUAGAUCUUUACUUUCUGUUCCUUCCGCAAGUUCUCAUAUCAGUAUAGUGUCAAGCAUGCUAAAAGGGCAAAGAAUCUUAGAAGAAUCACAGGUUGAAGAAUACGACUAUAGACCAAUAAAUUUGUCUAGACCAGUAUCUAACAGAUCUACAUCUUCCAGACCAUCAUCAAAAUCGAGACACUCAUUUUCAUCCCAGACACUUAAGGAUGGCUCGAUCAUAGAAAGUUCAACAGAUUCAGACUUCGAACAAGAGCCUGUAGCCUCUUCUAAGCAUGGUUCAACAAAACCAGCAGGAUCCAAACCUUCAUCGCGUCCCAGGGCUACUGUUACUUCUAAUUCAAUAAUUGAACAUCCGAUUUCAGAUAUCUCUCAGGCGUAUGAGUUUGAGAAUGAGUCUAUGGCACCUUCGAAGCAUAAGUCUACGAGGUCUGUAUCAUCUAGACCUUCAUCAAAGUCUAGGGCAAGUAAAUCUUUGCUCUCUGUUCCUUCUGCAAACUCUCAAGAUUCUGUGGUGUCAAGUAUGUUGAAGACCCAAAAGGUGCCAGAGGAAUCCUUUGGCGAUGAGCACGACCGCAAACCUAUGAAUUCUUCUAGGCCUUCAUCACACUCGAGGACUAAUAAUCUUACUUCUAACUCCAUUAUUGAUCAUCCCAUAUCAGAGAUAUCUCCAAUCUACGAAUUUGAAGAUGACUCUAAGGCACCUUCAAAGUAUAAAACCAAGAAGCCUAUAUCAUCUAGACCUUCUUCCAAGAAAAGAUCGAGUAGAUCUUUACUUUCUGUUCCUUCCGCAAGUUCUCAUAUCAGUGUAGUGUCAAGCAUGCUAAAAGGGCAAAGAAUCUUAGAAGAAUCACAGGUUGAAGAAUACGACUAUAGACCAAUAAAUUUGUCUAGACCAGUAUCUAACAGAUCUGCAUCCUCCAGGCCAUCAUCAAGGUCAAGAAAUUCUCUUGCCUCCCAACAAUUCAAGGAUGAGUUUAUGCUAGAAACUGUAACGGAUUCCGAGUUUGCACACGAUCCACUGGAUUCUUCCAAGACUGUCUCUGCAAUACCUUCGAGGGCUUCAACGUUUUCAAGAAAUACUGUUGGUCCUAAUUCUGUUAGUGACCAAACAAUUUCAGAAAAUUCUACAGCCUCGGAAUCUGUACAAGACUCACUAAUAUCCGUCAAUACAAGGCCUACGAUUUCAUCUAAAAUUUCCUCAAGGUUAAAGAACUCAGCGUUGAAUUCAGUAAAGACGCUUUCCGUAUUGGACGUUUCACCUGUUUCUGAAUCUGAACUGCAAUCUGUGGCUUCCUCGAAAACGGACUCUAGUAAAUUCACACUAUCCAUACCGUCAACAAAGUCAAAGAGUUCCGUUGCUUCACAUUCAGCAAAUACGGGAUCACUAUUAGAGGUUUCUCCAGUUACGGAAUCCGAACAGGAAUCAUUAGUUUCGUAUACAGAUAACUCGACAAAACCCAGUUCCAAACCAUCGUCAAGAGGUAGGAGUCCAAGAAUAGCGCGGCGGUCGCGGACUAUAUCAACAGAUGAAGAAGCAAUUUCUGUAAAUUCAAAGCAAGAUUCUUUGGUAUUUUUGACAGUAAAAACCACUAAGCCAAGUCGCUCUAGACCUUCCUCAAAAACUACAACCUCAAUAGCUUCACAAUCAUCAAAGGCAAAUUCAAUUGAGGAUGUGUCGACAAUAGAACGCGUAAAUUUAUCCACUUCUACCAGCCGUGCUUCCAAAGGGAUAAGCUCCCAGUACACAGAGCGCGAGGAAUCGAUAACCGAAAUUACGAUUCCUGUGACGAAUAGGACAGAAUCACCAGCCCCUCCAUCUAUAAGUAAUUCAAGCAUUUCUACAAAGUUAGCGUCAUCAGAUUCUGGAGUAGAAUCUUCCCCAAGGUCUAAAAUUUCAGAAACGCAUAGGCCCGGAAGUAGUUUGUCAAAGCUUAGUCGGGGAUCAUCGUUGCAUAGACAUUCUAUAAGGUCUGGAUUAAGUUCGGCCUUAUUGUCUGAUAAUGGUUCAAUAUUGUCCGCAAUUAAAUACAUAGGUUCUAAACUUGAGCAUAGUUCUUCCAGAGUUUCAAAGAAGGGUUCGAAUGUGGGCCAUGAAAAUUCAGGUACAGAAUCAGAUUCAUUUAAUGGCGCAACCCAAGAAUCUCAGACCAAUUCUGAGAACAGCUCCAAUAAAUCACCAAGUCUUGUACGUGAUAUAUCUGAGGUUAUUGUGGAUGCCAAUCCACGAGAAAUGACGCCUUCUCAAGAUGAAUAUAUGGAUACUGCCCCUGAAUAUGAUACUGAUGACGAUAUGGAGGUUGAUGCUAAUUACGAAAAAGAAUAUGACGAGGAUUUUGGAUCAGAUUCAGAUUCAGCGUCUGAGGCUGGAACAGUAUGUGCGUCCGAUCUAGAAAGUAAAGCGGAAACAGAUUCUGACGCAGAAAGAUGUGACUGCGAUUGUGAUAAUGAAAACGAGGGCGAACAUACAAUGCGCGUUCAUACUGACAGUGAUACUGAUUCAGACAAUGGGGAAGAUGCAGAUACUAUCAUUGAUAUACAAGCCAUGCCAUCUGUGGCAAGAAACAACAGACCUAUAAUAGAAGAAGAUGAACCACAGUUAAUUGGUAUAGAAGAUUCAGACGCUCCAACACCGAACGCAAUAUCUGACAUUUCUCCUACAUCUCUACCUAACCAUAGUGAUGCAACAUCUGUUGAAGAUCCAAUGGUUGUAAAUUUCAUGAUACACGGAUUGGGUGGUAAUAUUAAGCAAUUUGAGCCCCUCUUGUACAUGCUUGAUGUUCUCGGAGAAAAGUUCUUCGCUUUUGACUUACCAGGGUUUGGUGAAAGCGAUCAUUGGAACGAUGGUUAUCCAAUGAUGGAAGUUGUUGACUGUAUUAAAGAAUUGCUUGACAUAAUGGUCCGGAACCCUAAUCCAGGAGUUCGGAUACGAUUUUAUGGGCAUUCUAUGGGGUGUAUUUUGACAUUACAUUUAUUAUGUAGGUACGGUGUUGACACUUUGAAUGCCGAGAAAAUCAUAUUGUUAUCCCCACCUCCUCCUAGAACUCUCAAAUCAAAACUUGAUUUAGUCCAGCCAUUUAUUCAUUUGUCAUUAUCCUUCUUCAAACCGUUCAUUGUUUUAGCUUUAAGGUUCUUAAGGACAAAUUUUGAUCAAAAUAAAGGUUUGCAUAGCUCCGGAAUCAAGCUAUUCUUCUCUAACAUGGGAAAUAAGUACAGAAAAUUGACACAGUUGUACGACAGUAUUGCUAUUUCAUCAAAGUCCAUUACGGAGUAUAUAUUGGGCUGGCAAGAUUUGAUUAAUGGAGCUCCUCGCCUAGACAAUUAUAAUUGUUGCGGUCAUGUUUUGGUAGGAAGCGAAGACAAAAUCACCCCUGCCAACUCUACACAUUAUCCUGAGUACUCAUUCAGAGUUGUAGUCAACACCGGCCACAAUUUGUUUUAUGAUGGUGCAGCGGAGGCAUUGUGGGAAGUGUGCAAAGUUUUGGAACAAUGA